AUCAACGUAGUUUUCCUGGAAUGCUAGGCAGCUUGGAUUGUAUGCACUGGCAGUGGGACAAAUGUCCAACUGCUUACCACGGCUUCUUCAGCGACCGCAUCGAAAAACCCACUCUCGUACUUGAAGCAGUUGCAUCGUAUGAUUUGUGGAUUUGGCAUGCUUUCUUUGGCAUGCUAGGGUCAUUCAACGAUAUCGACGUGCUUGAUCAAUCCCAUCUCUUUGAUGAUCUGAGUGCCGGUCGUGCCCCUCCAGCCCAUUUUGUCAUUAACGGUACUCAGUACGACAUGGGGUACUACCUUGCUGAUGGUAUCUAUCCGAAAUGGGCGACUCUCGUCCAAACCAUUUCUCAACCACAAAGAAGAAAGAAGUAGCACUUUGUGAAGAUGCAGGAGGCAUGUCGCAAGGAUGUUGAAA